GCUUCCGCGAUCCAGAACCAACCCCACAUGUCAGCCAUCGAGCUCCAAUCACACACACAGCCUUUGCCUCUCUGCUCGCAUCACCUCUUUCUCGGCGAUUCGCGGAGCGGAGGCACACACCCCUGGGCUUAAAAUCUCGCUCUGCCAUUCCUCCUCUAGACAUCCCAUCUCCUCUUUCCAAAUCCAAUCGAUCCGAGCGCACACAAGCCCGACUCCACCUCGCACCAAACCCUAACCCUAACCCUAGCGUUGGUGGCCAUGGCCGGCGACGGGAGCGACACCGCCUUCCCGGACGAGGCCGAGCAGACGGUCACCCUCAACGAGUACAUCGACGGCAUCGAGGCCGAGGAGCUGGAGGCGGAUUUGGUGCUCGGAGGGGAUGACGGCAACGAGUGCACCUAUGCCGGCGGCUACCUCAAGCGCCAGGCCGUCUUCUCCUGCAUCACCUGCGUGCCUGACGGCGUCGCAGGGAUCUGCACCGCCUGCUGCAUCACCUGUCAUGAAGGCCAUGAGGUUGUUGAACUUUGGACAAAGCGAAAUUUUCGCUGUGACUGUGGCAACUCAAAGUUUGGGGGUCACCUCUGCAAACUUAACCCUGAGAAAGAUCCUGAGAAUCCAGCAAAUUCUUAUAAUCACAACUUCAAGGGUUUCUAUUGUACAUGUGGUAGGCCUUAUCCUGACCCAGAAGCCAAGGAGCAAGUUGAAAUGAUACAGUGUUGUAUUUGUGAAGACUGGUUUCAUGAGGAUCAUAUUGGUCUUGACUCUAUCGUAAAGAUGCCACGAGAUGAGGAAGGGGAGCCACUCUACGAGGAUUUCAUAUGCCAUAAAUGCUCACCGAUUUGUUAUUUUUUGAAACUCUACCCUGAGACAAUUUGGGCUUCUAGUAAGCAGAGUUCUGCAUCACAAGCUUUUACCGCUGAUUCAAAUGGUCUGGAAGAAGACUCUGCAGAUCAGGCUGACACUGAGAAAAAUGAAAAUGGUGCUCGUGUAGACCAUCUGAGCGUUGAAAAGCCUUCUGUUGAGGACAAUUGCGCAGAAGAUAUUGCAGCUCCAGAGAAGUCCAUUUUGGGUGACAAUUCAGGUGGCAACUGUAAGCUAGGAAUGGAUGUAGAUAGAACAUCAGCUGAUUUAGAGAAAGCCAUGCCCUUUUUCAUGUCAAAAGGCUGGAGAGAUAUUCUAUGCAGAUGCGGAACAUGCACCAAGGUCUAUGCACAACGAGGCAUUGCACAUCUUACUGACAAGGAUGACUCUAUUGAGGAAUACGAAAAGGUUGCUAAGCAGAAGAGGGAGAAGAAGUUAGAGCAACAGGAAGGAGCUGAAGCUAACUUUAUCAAUUCACUUAAUCAUGUCCAGAAGAUAGAGAUAUUGAGUGGCAUCAGUGACAUCAAGAAUGAGUUGCACUCCUUUCUGCAAUCCUUUGAUCCAUCAAAAGCAGUCACAUCUGAAGAUGUACGAUCUAUUUUUGAGAAUCUUGCUAAGAAGAAACAGAGGUUAUCCUGAACUUCAAUUUCUUCAGAUCUUUUGCUUGAACCCAAUGUCCCGCUACAGGAUAACCUAGUGCUGAGUUGGUACUUCAAAAUUUCGAGCAGUUAUCUGUCCUCCGUCCUAUGUAGUGUACUCUUAAGUUAUGCUGUGGGCCUGUGGCUACCGUGCCUUGUUAUCUACUGUAAUGCUAGCUUGUUCGUGGUAAUGCUAAAUGUUCUAAAGCCAGAUCAGCUUAGAUGCUAAACUCCCAGUGGAGAGACCUGUAUGUCGCUUCUUUGAAUCGAAGACUUGUAUGGUAAUUCACAUUGCCGAAAACUGUGUCGCCCCUUGUGUUCCUUGAUUUUUCUCGUUCUUUUUGAGCACUUCGUGCAGAAAUAGCGAAGCUCCUCUUUUUGAGCACUUGAUGCUGCAGAAAUAGGGAAGCUGCUGAUGUUGCUGUUGGA